AUGCGCUUCUCGACAUUCAUCACACUGGCCGCCGCACCGCUGUUGGCCCUAGCCGCUCCUCAACAACAACAACAACAAGAAGUCCAGGACGCACCGCUAAUCACCGCCGCACCCGAGAGCCAAAGCACCGCUGCUCUGCCCACACAAACAGUAGCUCCUGGCGAUGCCUGGAACGCAGAAGCUGAGAAUGUAGUACUAGAACUCCGUCAGGACCCCAACCUCCUAGCCACAAAAGCAGCAACACAAGUCCCCGCUACACAAGACUACUGGAUCGCCGACCACUGGGACUCUGCUCAAAGUACCGAGAUCUGGGUUCAGGUCUUCUACACACAAACAUUCCCUUCCGCUCCUGGACAAUUGACCACCGCUGGCGCUGGUGAGAUUGGUUUGGGCACGAUCACAGGCGAGAUUGGUGUCGCAAAGGCUGCAACUGGUGUCGGAGCUACAGUGAUGCCCCACGGCUCGCUGUUCACAGUGUGUCUGGGUCUGGCUGGUGUCGUUGCCGGCAUGGGCGUUGUGUUGCUGUAG